AUGAAUGGAAUCAACCCCAUUCGCUCUGACAUAGAACUCGAGUCCAUCCGCUCUCCAUCAAGAGGGUCUGAGAAACGAUUUCCAGCCGAGUCAAGCAAAAGACUCGGCCACGCCCACGUUGAUUCCGAUGAUGAUCGCGAGCAGCACGAUCAGAAUGAGACUCUGCCCUCUCCUACCGUAGCUUCUCAUGAAGCUCCCGAGCGAUGGAAUGCACCCAAGACGAAUCUCUGGCGUACUUUUGCUGCCUUCUGGGGCUUUGCUAUCAUGGGCAUGAAUGAUGCUACUUAUGGAGCGAUCAUUCCAUACCUGGAAAUACACUAUGACCUAUCGUACACCAUCGUAUCACUCAUCUUCCUCAGUCCACUUAUUGGCUACAACGCAUCAGCGUUACUUAACAAUACCAUACACCUCCGGUUCGGUCAGAGAGGUGUAGCUUUCAUCGGGCCACUCUGCCACCUGUUGGCAUACAUCGUCAUUGCUGUACAUCCACCUUAUCCAGUUCUGGUCGUGGUCUUUGCAAUCGCUGGGUUUGGCAACGGACUGGAAGAUGCAGCUUGGAAUGCCUGGAUGGGUGCAAUGACCAACGCCAACGAAGUGCUGGGCUUCCUCCACGGAGUCUAUGGCUUGGGAGCGACUAUUGCUCCUCUGAUUGCGACAUCGCUGAUCACCAAGGCCGACAAACCUUGGUGGACGUGGUACUACUUUAUGAUCGCAUUUGCCGCCGUUGAACUCGCUACAAGCCUCUGGGCCUUCUGGGGCCAGACCGGAGAAGUGUUUCGUCUCGCACACCCCAGAACUACAGAUCAGUCCGGUAAUCGGAUGAAAGAGGCCUUAUUCACCAUGCCUAGUGCGCGAGUCACAUGGCUAUGCGCCUUGUUCCUGCUAGGAUACGUAGGAAUUGAGGUUGCACUUGGCGGCUGGAUCGUCACUUUCAUGAUCAGAGAACGCAGAGGCAGUGCCUUCGCCUCUGGCAUGACUGCCACUGGCUUCUGGCUCGGCAUCACAGUCGGCAGACUGGUGCUUGGUUUCGUCACACCACGCAUCGGUGAGAAGCUGUCCAUUGCCAUUUACCUCCCCAUCGCCACCGGACUCGAACUUCUCUUCUGGCUCGUCCCACAAUUCUACGUCUCUGCUGUUGCGGUCGCAUUGCAAGGAUUCUUUUUGGGACCGCUGUUCCCCGCUGCCGUGGUUGCGACGACCAAGCUUUUGCCUAAGCAUUUGCAUGUCAGUGGCAUUGGGUUUGCUGCUGCGUUUGGUGGGUCUGGGGCAGCUAUUUUCCCGUUCGUCACUGGUGUUGUUGCGCAAGCGAAGGGCGUACAGGUUCUUCAACCCAUUAUUCUGGCACUUUUGGUUGUUAUUUGGUUGUUCUGGAUUUCGCUUCCGAGGAUUGAGAAGAAGAGGGAUUGA